AUGCCGGAUAAAAAGACACUUUGGAUGCUCAAUGAGCUCGAAGGAUUCGAAAAACCAAAAAUCAAAUUGGAGCAGUAUGCCACGUCAUCAGAGCUUGCCGUCUCGAUGAUGGAAAUGAUCGAUGAAACAAUUGGUUUUGAAGGAAAGAAAUUAAUUGAUAUCGGAUGUGGAUGUGGAAUGUUAAUGACGACAGCUGCCACAAUGUAUGAGUUGGAGACUGUUUUAGGAGUUGAUAUAGAUGAUGAAGCACUUAAAAUUUGUUCUAGAAAUUUGGAAACAGCUGAAGUACAGGAUAGAUGCGAGCUUCUACAAGCCGACAUUCUCGACCCGGAAUCCGAUCUUCCACGUGGCACAUUCGACGUGGCUGUCAUUAAUCCUCCAUUUGGAACAAAAAAUAAUGCAGGAAUCGAUAUGCAAUUUGUCCAAAUCGGUCUUCAAAUGGUUCGGCCUGGUGGAAGUGUAUUUUCACUUCAUAAAUCAUCAACUAGAGAUUAUAUUCUAAAAAAUGCAAAGAAAUGGGACGGAGUUGGGGCAGAAUGUUGUGCAGAAAUGCGGUGGCAACUACCAGCGACUUACAAAUUCCAUAAACAAAAGGCCGUGGAUAUUGCCGUCGAUUUAAUACAUUUCAAAAAACUGGAUAGUUAAUCUCAUCAAUUUCUGCUGUAAAUUCUUCAAAAUUGUUUCAUUGUUUUGUUAUAAAAAAUAUGCAAUC